UACUACUCCUCGCCAUUCAGUCGUCAUAAUGCAAUCUUCCAGCCUACUUGGAUGGGCAGUGUUUGCCACCAUCGUUCGUUUGACCAGCCCUGCCGAGGCCGGUGACGACGAAGUCGCAGCCAAACGGAUUACCAUGAUAAAAUGCCAACACUACCUGGACAUGGUGUCGAUCCCGCACGAUAUCAUGACGCUGGAGAUGGACUCCCGGGUGCGCAAGGUCUACAGCGUGCAUUGUCCGUUGCAGAACCCGUACGUGGUCGGAGGACGCCGUGUCGAGAAGUACGAGUUUCCGCAUAUGGUGGCGCUCGGGUUUUGGGCCCGUUCGAUCUGGACGAGUGACGGCGUACCGUACACGUUCCAGUGCGGGGGCACGUUGAUUAGUGAACGCUUUGUGAUGACCGCCGCACACUGUAUCAACAAGGAUCUGGCGAUCGUUCGCGUCGGGGUGGUGGACUUGAACGAUCCCGAUGCGGAGGACAUUAGGAUCGUGGAAAAGAUCGUUCAUGAAGACUAUUCGCCGGAGACCAGGUACGACGAUAUAGCGCUGCUGCGGUUGGAACGUAACGUGACGAUAUCGCUGCAUGUGCGGCCGGCGUGCUUGGGGACGGACCGCACCGAGCGGAUUCAACGGGCCACGGUCACUGGGUGGGGUAAAACCAGUCAAGAUUCACACCUGUCGGAUAGCUUGGGCAAGGUGUCGCUGGACGUGCCGAGUGAUCGCAAGAAAUGCGCCCGGAUGUAUCGAGGGAUUGGACAAAGCCCGCUGAUCGAUCGGCAAAUCUGUGCUGGAUCGCUGGACGGCAAUCAGGAUGCUUGCCACGGGGAUUCGGGAGGACCGCUGCAGGUGUUUGAGGAAGGCGAAUGUCGGUACCACGUGGUGGGAGUGGUAUCGUACGGAAAAAUCUGCGGUUCUGCCGAGUAUGGACUGUACACGAGGGUUUCGCGCUAUCUGGGGUGGAUUGUAAGGACAGCGUGGCCCGACGAUUGGUCACAUCAGGAAUAUUGGGAGAGCUGGUAGAUGUGA